AUGGGCGAGCAUAAUCUCCUUAAUCCGGGGUUUGUGGGACCUUUGGUAAACAUCCACACUGGAGACACCUUUUAUUUCCCCAAUUUUCGAGCCUCGGGGGGACAACUGGCGGGGCUACCGUCUCUAUCUUACCCGAGGAGGGACAACGUUUGCUCCCUCCCGUGGAAUCCUUCGGAGCCGUGCAAUGGAUACUCCCAGUCCUACUUCAGCAGCCCCGUUUCCAUUAACCCCUCGUUCAACCGCUCGUGUGAGAUCAGCAGAGCCGAGGAGGCCAAGUGUUACUACAGCAACGGCGCCAGGGAGGCGUGCGGCGGCGGAGGCAGCGGCGGAGGCGUCUCGGGCUCGGGCUCGGGCGGCCUCAAGCGGGAGGACAGGACGAGGGACACAUCCUCCUCAUCCCUAACAUCCGAGCACGCGAUGCACGCCGGGAUUGGCGCGGCCACGGCAUCUGCCGUCGCCGCCUCUGGCGCUUCGGCGGCGGCCGCCUUCGCCAAGUACGAAUACGGCAACGAGCAGCUGACGCAGGACCCUCCGUCCUGUCAAUCCAUGGAGUCCGACUCCAGCUCGUCGCUGCUCAACGAGAGCAGCAAGCCCCCGUCCAGCGACACGCAGAGCCUGGUGUCCCCCGGAAGCCACGCGAGCAACUUGGCCGCAGGCGGAGGUGCCCCGUGGUACCCGAUGCACACGCGGACCAGGAAGAAGCGCAAACCUUAUUCCAAACUUCAGCUGGCCGAGCUGGAGGGUGAAUUCAUGCUGAACGAGUUCAUCACCAGGCAGCGGCGGAGGGAGCUUUCCGACCGGCUCAACCUCAGCGACCAGCAGGUGAAGAUCUGGUUCCAGAAUCGCAGAAUGAAGAAGAAGAGACUCAUGCUGAGGGAACAAGCCCUGGCCUACUUUUAG